UUGAUGUCCGGUGGUGGCAAUGACAUUGCGAUCGAUUCCAGCUGUCGCAGAAGGGAAUCACGCGCUUGUUGUGCAGGUCGCUGUCGGAAAAGCUCAUGCGCUUAUGUUGACUGAUGAGGGCGUCAUCUACAGCUGGGGACCGAACAAUGACUUCGGCCAGCUUGGACGUGUUUGCAGCACUCAGGACAAGAUGUUGCUGCCCAGCCCAAUCACUGCAGGUAUUAAGCAGGAAAUCAUGGUGCAGAUUGCCUGCGGUUCGAAUCAUUGUCUGGCUUUGACCCAGAAGGGGGCUAUUUUUGCCUGGGGCCAAAACAAGGCUGGGCAGCUUGGAGUGGAUGGAUUCAACAUCCAUGCGCCUCUCACUGAACUGGCUGUAAAUCUUCCAACACCGGUGAAGUUCUUCAAUGGUCAGGAGGGAGCUCUUUGCGCAAGAAGCUGUAGCUGUGGCCCUGAGAGUUCUGCCUGCGUGACUGUGCGGGGAGAGGUUUACGCUUGGGGAGCAAUCAGCUACUAUUUGAUGGGCGCUGAGAAGAAGUAUGGUGCUGGUGAAAAUUGCACAGUCCCUGUUUGCAUCAAGGAUUUGCCUAAAGAACUAUGCGCUGAUGAGUCUGGACCAGAUCAGGUUUCCCUUUACAAGGAUAGCAUGGCUUGCAAUGUCGCGAAGCUCAACAGUGAAGAUGACAUGGCAAGCCUGGUGCGAUCGUUAAAGACCCGAUCUUCCCAAUUGCUCUCUGUCCUGCGAACAAAGAGGGCGGAGGCAAGCGAUAGACCCACUGGAGGAGAAGACGAAUUUGACAUUGAGGAGCUACGUCAGCUGAACCAUGAUUUUCAAACAUCGAAGAAGGCUCUUCAGAGCAAAAUGGACGCGCUGGAGAAGGAGUUUGGCAGCUACCGCACUGAGCUGGCCAGAGUGAAAAGGGAGCUCACAGUGUGCGACCAGCAAGAUGCAGCCCUCACUGAGACAGCACGAAAUUUGGAGGCAAGAAAAGAUCAAGUUGGAGACAGUGCAGCGGACAAGCGCACUUUGGAAACAAAGCUUCACGACAUCAGUCACUUCAAGUCCUCCAACCAGCGAAAGAGGCUUCAGUUGCUGAAUGAUAGAGAUGAGACGGAGCGUCAACUACUUCACCUGACACAGGCCCUUACUGUUGCUCUGAACCAGCAGCAACAGUUCGAGAGCCGAACCAGAAUGAUCCGCUCCCUCCAUGGUGAUUCAGGCAGCAAGACGAAUACCUUGGAUGAAAAGGGGCUGAAAGUCGCUGAUGACAAGCGCAGAGAGCUCGCAGCAACAGAACCAAUGCAGCUUGCAGGAUCUGGGCGCUUUGACGGGCUGCACGAGAUAGUAGAAAUGUCGGAUGGAGCCCUCCAGGACGUUUCCAGCUCCCUAAAAGAGGUGCGUGCUGGAGCUGAUGGUGACGGCGAUGUGCUGGAACAGGUUCUGGAGGACAACCUUGAGAUCAGGAAAGAGAUCAAUGCAUUGAUUCAGGAGCGGAGGAUUCGGGCUGAAUGUGGAGCCUACGAUGACACAGGCACUGACAUUCAGGAGCAAGGCCUUUUGCAAUUCUUCAGCGAAGCAGCUCGCAUUCAGCGAUGAUUGUUGUGGCCUGAGGAUGAUACCUGAGGUCAUUAAGUGGUGGCAGUCGGGGGUGCGAUGGUUGUUGGCUGAAGGGUGUAAUUCCAGGGAACUGCGUCACUACCAGGGUGUGCUGGGCUGAGAUGUGCUGAAUAUUGCAUGGCACCAAUUCACUGGGUGCUAAGGGAAGACAGCCUGGAUCGACUCAGAAGCUCGCAAAGCCCUCCUGUACACAGGUUCAAACACAUAGCACAUCUCCAAAGUGGGAUUUGCAGAUGGCACGAUUCGCACCAACAUGUUCUCGUUGCUUUAGUCUUCAGUGACUGAAUACCAGUACUGCAAGAAA